GUCUGGCCAAUGGCUUCCUGGCAUCCCCGCGAUAGGACCUGGUAAAAACUCAGACACCCUGACUUAAGCAUUGAUACUGUCUGUAAUUUAGUAGACGCGGUGGAGCAGCCACCUGAGGGCUCCGUUCACCCACCGCGCUCUUAAGUACCGAGCGGUGCCCGCGGGAAGAGCAAGGGAGUCAGGAGCGCCGGCGGAACCAAAGUGCCAGCCCCCGCCCGCUCGGGGACAGUGUUUCAGCGGACACCGGGGGCGUGGCCUGGCCGGCACGGCUUGACGAGCGGGGAGAGAGGAACGCUGACCCGGCUGGCUGAGGGCGCAGGGAGGCGCUGGCUGCCAGACCAUGCUGAGCCGAGCGUGCGGCAGGCUCGCCUCAGUGCUGCGGAGGACACUCGCGCCGCCGUCUGAGGUCGCCCGUAGGCGCCUGCACGCGUCGGGGUCGCGGCCGUUGGCAGACCGGAGCGAGAGGGCGGAGGAGCCGCCCCGCACUUUCGACCCCGCGCUGCUGGAGUUCCUGGUGUGCCCGCUCUCCAAGAAGCCGCUCAGAUAUGAAGCAUCAACAAAUGAAUUGAUUAAUGAAGAGUUGGGAAUAGCCUACCCAAUCAUUGAUGGGAUUCCUAAUAUGAUACCACAGGCAGCUAGAAUGAUACAUCAAAGUAAGAAGCAAGAAGAAAUGGAGCAGCGCUAGGUCAUAAUUUUAAAAAUACAACAAAU